CAACUUGCUUAAUCUUUUUGCUAUGGCUAACUCAAAGGUUUACUUAUCAGAUCUGAAAUGCGGCCCAUGUUUCUCCACUGUUGAGUGUAGGUUAUUGCGUUUCUGGGAGGUCAAGAAUAUGAAGCAAGGUGGUGAACUCCGGCGGCUUAGCAUGCUCAUAGUGGAUUUGAAUGGUACUAUUAUGGUUGCAUCCAUCAGUGCUAAACGUCUUAUAAUAUUCCGGUCUAGGCUUAUCGCCGGAGCAGUAUACUCUGUCUCUGGGUUCUUUGUGGCGGAGUGUGCUCCAACCCUUCGUCUUACUGAUUCUCCCUUGAUGAUUAUGUUCAAUGAUUUGACUUCUUUCGACAUGUUAUCUGUCACGGGUUUAGAACUACCGGUGGAAGGGUUCAGAUUCAGAAAUGAAGCUGAAUUGCUCGGAUUAACUAACGCAAGCACUGAACUCCCAGACAUUGUAGCGGAGCUGUCUGCUGUGAAGAGUACUGUGAAUGAUCCUCCAAAAGGAAAGAAUCAUGUUAUGGCCACCAUCAAGAUGGAUAAGGGCGGUUCUGUGAUACUGAGUCUGUUCGACUGUCAGGCUAUCGCCUUCCACAGACGUCUUGAUUCCAUGCGUGUCGAUCCAAAGGUGGUUGUUGCCACAAACGUCAAGCCAAGAAAGAUUGGAGGCCAUUUGUUUCUCUAUGCCAUAUCAGGAACUCACAUUUAUUUUGACAAAGAAACCAGUACUGGUCAGGCGUGUUUAUCUCGCUUGGUCAACAUAUGCACUGGUCACACGCCGGUAGCAGCACUCAUUAGAAAGGUUGCAAAAGUCGAGCCCGUAACAAUGGCUGAACUCAAUAGUUUUGUCGCUGCUGCCGUCUCCGAUGAUAUUGAGUAUAUGUGCACCGGUACGGUUCUCCGGCUCGAUUCAGAGAAAGGAUGGUGUUACAUUGCUUGCGUCAAAUGUGGCAGGAAGCUUAAGCGCACCGAUUCUGUUUUCGUGUGUAUGCAUUGCGAGAAUUACCAUGCUGUUGGUGUUCCACGCUAUCGUGUGGAGCUUGCAAUCGCUGAUGACACUGAUGAGGGUAUUUUUGUUUGUUAUGAUGGCACAAUGGCAAAGUUGCAUGGUCUCGAGGCAUAUGAAGCUGGUCUAAUUACGGCUAAAGACGGUGUAAACCCUGAGGACUCCCAGGUGCCUCCGUUCGUUUCAGACAUGCAAGGGAAGACUUACACAUUCCAUGUCAAGUUAGCCACGUAUGAUUUUACAGCAGGCCGUCAAAGCUUUACUGUCACACGUAUUAUCAAUAUGAACGAACGUCUGCCGCUUCCAGAGUUCGUCGACCAUGGAGGAGAUGAGAGCAUUGGCGGGAGCAUGGGUGUUAAUCAUCAGAUUCAUGCAGAUGUGGAUUAUGAUAUGGUCAGUGGUGAAGCAUCGUUGAUUUCUGCAACCGAGCUGAGCGACCCAGCUUCGCCAGCCGUCAAGAAGGCGCGAAAGACUUAGUUGGUGAAGAUAUAUAAUAAGCGUAUUAUGUUUUGAAUAGUGGUUAGGCAUGAUCUAUCCCGUUUACGUAUUCGAUAAACUAUUUUGGUUUUUUUUUUGCAUUGUUUGAAACUCUACGUUUAAGUCAGACAACCUAUCUAUUUCCCAUUAUAAUGGAUUGCUUUAACUUA